AUGGGGUCAAAACUGGAGGAGAUGGACCAAGAGCGAGACCUUGGAGUCAUAGCAUACAGCUCAAGGAAGACGGUGACCCAGUGUGCAGUGGUCGUUGUCUAUACUCUGCGUAACCCUAGAGAUGUGAUGGUUUCAAGCUACCACUUCUUCAAAGGCUUUAAAGAAUUGAAGGACCUUGGAACUGUGGAAGAGUUCAUGGAGAGAUUCCUGAGUGGGGAAGUUGAGUAUGGUUCCUGGUUUGACCACGUGAAGGGGUGGGUGGAGAUGAAGGAGAAAGCCAACAUCUUCUUCAACACCUAUGAAGAACUACAGCAGGACCUUCGAGGCAGUGUGCAGAAGAUCUGUCAUUUUCUUGGCAAGGAGCUAAACAGCCAACAAAUUGAGUCUGUGGUGGAAAAUGCCUCCUUCCAGAAGAUGAAGAACAACAAGAUGUCCAACUUUUCUUUAGUACCAGAAAACAUUUUUGACCACACAAAAGCGAAGCUCAUGAGGAAAGGGAUCUCUGGGGACUGGAAGAAUCACCUGGCAGUGGCACAGAGCGAAUACUUUGACCAUGUUUACUGGGAGAACAUGCGUGGUGUGAAUAUGACCUUCCCUUGGGAAUGAAGAAUCACAGAACGUUGUUCCUGCUGUUCUCCACCUUCACAUUCUUAUGUUUGAUUUGGUUUGGGUACCUUCUGCUAAAUAAACAGAUACUUGAUCUGGAA